AUGGCACCAGCCAUCCUCGACACAAUAGAAAAUGCUUUCGAACCCUCAGAAUUCCCCAAAUCCGAAGUCGCCAGCGCCGUCAUCCACCGUAGUCUCAAAAGCGCUCCUUUACAAGUCAUCCGCGCCGAAGGAACCAAAGUCACAUUCUCAAAUGGUCAAACAAUCAACGAUACCACAUGUGGUGCAGCAGUAGCCUGUCUCGGUUACCACAACGAACGCGUGAAAAAAGCGAUGAUUGCUCAGAUUGAAAAGUUCUCAUACUGUAAUUCCAUGUUCUUCGGGACGGAGAUUGGGGAGCAGUUAGCUGAGGCUUUGGUGGAGGGGACGAGGGGGGAGAUGGCGAAGGCGUUGGUUAUGUGUUCUGGAUCAGAAGCAAUGGACGCGGCGAUGAAAAUGGCACGUCAGUAUUUCAUGGAAACUAUUCCUAAACAGCCGCGCCGCACUAAAUUCAUCGCUCGUCAUGGCUCUUAUCAUGGGACUACUUGGGGUGCACUGUCAGUUGGUGGGCAUGUUGCAAGGCGAGAGCUGUUUGAGCCGAUGCUCCUUCAGAAUUGUGCGAAGGUGUCGGCUUGUAAUGAAUAUAGAGGUCGACUUGAAGGUCAGAGCCAGGAGGAGUACGUGGCGCGGUUGGCGAAAGAGCUUGAUGAUAAGUUUCGGGAAUUGGGAGCUGAGGAGGUGAUUGCGUUUGUUGCUGAGCCUGUUGUGGGAGCUGCACUCGGCGCUGUGCCAGCAGUCCCUGGUUAUUUCAAAGCUAUGCGAGAAGUUUGUGACAAAUACGGAGCUCUUCUCAUUCUCGAUGAGGUGAUGUCUGGAAUGGGUCGUUGCGGAAGCCUUCACGCUUGGGAGCAAGAAGGUAUAGUUCCCGAUAUUCAAACAAUAGCUAAAGGUCUUGGUGGCGGCUUUGCGCCAAUCGCUGCGAUUCUAAUCAACCAUCGUAUUGCGGAUGUAUUGAGUCAAGGCUCGGGGGCAUUUUCUCAUGGACAUACGUAUCAGGGACAUCCGGUCUCUUGUGCAGCGGCUCUCGAAGUCCAAAAGAUCAUCGCAGAGGACAAGCUCGUUGAUAACGUUAGGGAAGUUGGAGCUUAUUUUGGAGAACUACUUCAUGCCUAUCUCGAUGACCAUCCCCACAUUGGAAACGUCAGAGGGAAAGGAUUUUUCUGGGGGGUUGAAUUCGUCAAGGAUAAGAUUACAAAGACUCCAUUCCCGAAGUCUUUGGCUGUGGCAAAUACAAUUUUCGAUGUGGGAAUGGGUCCCGAAUAUGGUAUCUCGCUAUAUCCUGGGCAGGGAUCUGUUGAUGGCGUGGUGGGUGAUCAUGUUUUGAUUGCUCCGGCGUAUGGGACUACGAGAGAAGAGAUCAAGGUGAUCGCGGAACUUACACGAGAUGUGAUAUUCAAGGCUCUGAGCGAAUUCUCUUAA